GGAUGGGGGGCUCCACGGGGAAUUUCUCGGAUGUGUACCACAGCUGGAUAGAUGACUUGUACGAAGAUGGGGCAUCGUACAUCCCGCCCGUGUCUCAGGCCGUGUCGGGUGAAUCAGUGAUGACCAUCAUCAGAGAGGAUCCUGCGUCCAGCACACCACACCCUGUUCCCUACUCCCCGAGCAAUAGCGAGGGGCGGUUGUCCAUUGGAACAGAUGACGCUAAUUUGCCUCAUUCUGUCCAGUACUCGCCAACAGAGGAAACAUCCCUACAGUUCUCGCCUCCAGUACCGAGCACUGGCGAGACCCGAGUGUCAAAUACACGUGCUCAAAUAGAAGUGAUCCCUUGUAAAGUGUGUGGGGACAAAUCCUCAGGUGUUCACUAUGGGGUUAUAACAUGUGAGGGCUGCAAGGGUUUUUUCCGCCGGAGUCAGUCAGGUCCAGUGAACUACCAAUGUCCAAGGAACAAAAACUGUGUGAUAGACAGGGUCAACAGGAACCGCUGCCAGUAUUGCAGGCUGCAGAAGUGUAUGGCCUUGGGGAUGUCCAGGGAUGCUGUCAAGUUUGGUCGCAUGUCAAAGAAACAAAGAGAGAGGGUGGAGGAUGAGGCCAAUAUGGUCAAACAGAGCAGAUUAAAUGGGACGAUCCUACCAGGACAAUUCAACAGCUACCAGCCCAAUGGCUACAACAACUUUCCACAACAGCAAUUACCACAACAGCAGCAGCAGCAACAACAACAGCAGCAGCCCCAACAGCAACAACCACAGACAGAGUUCAUCAGCGAGGGCCAGAUCUACUCACCCACAUCCAAUAUACCAACAGCACCUCAUCCUGUCCUGCUCACACGGGCCAUCGAUGUCAACCCAGUAAAUUUGGGUAAAGCCAUAACAGAAGCUCAUUUGCGGACAUGCUUGUACAGUAACGAACAGAUUGACCACUUAAAACACCAGCACCUGCCACAGGAGCAGGUUGACCUGUACAAGAGACUGACACAUCGCCAGCUGUGGGUUGAGAUAGCGGAGAAGAUAACAUUAGCCGUGCAGCAGAUCAUAGAGUUUGCCAAGAUGAUCCCUGGCUUCAUGGACCUGUCCCAGGAUGAUCAGAUCAUGCUGCUUAAAGCAGGGAGUUUUGAGCUAGCCUUGAUGCAGCUGUGUCGUGUGUUUGAUGCUGAAACCAAUAGAGUUGUUUUUGGGAACAUGUUCCUGCCAUUAGAAGCAUUUGCCACCUUAACUGAUGAAGAGUUCCAUCUGAUGACGGCCAUCUUUGAAUUUGUUAAAAACAUCCAGUUACUUAACAUCACAGAGAGUGAAAUGGCCAUGUUAAGUGCCCUCAUCCUCAUUAGUUCAGAUCGCCCAGGCGUGAAAGAAGUGAGUGAAAUUCAACAGUUACACGACCGCAUCCUGACGGCGCUCAAGCUUGAGAUGGGGGUCAACCACGCCGGGGACGAGCACAUCCUCAAGAGAUUCGUCGAGCAGGCCGGGGUCCUGAGGUCACUCAGCGCCAGGCACAUCCGCGUCCUCAACGCCUUCAAGGAGGAGGCGCCGGAUAUUGAUUUUCCAGCACUCCACAAGGAGCUGUUCUCUAUAGAAACUGAGGCUGUUGUGUCAAACAUGUAAACAAACACUGGGAAUGGUGUUUGAUCAUGAACCACACCCCCAACUGUGUUUGUUUGGAGACAGGAAGUUACCCUUGUGGUGAUAACAACAGUGAACUGUCACCAUGGUAACGUGGGACUGUCGCCGUGGUAACGACAUUACAGAGAUGCUUAUGGACAUGAGGACAUAAAAGUAUUUUUACAAGAUAUUCAUUCAUACAAUACAAUGUGGCAGCUGUUUUUCUUUCAUCUUUCAAGGUGUGUUUGAAGAGUGUUUCGUUU